UCCAAACAGAUCCGGACCAUGGCAGGCCUCCAUUCCAUGCUGCUGCCACUGUGGCUGCUUCUGUGCCUUGGACUGCAGCUUUCCGCAGCCACCUCUGCAAAUUACAGUGACAACUGUAUGGUCUUUGAUGAGAUCUUCACCACCACCAGCCCAGGCAUCAGGGUCAAUUCAGACACCUACGAAAGGAGCACAGUCUACACAGUCUGGGUUCCGGUGAGCAACGGCGUCAUCUCCGUGAUCCUGCGAGCGGUGGACAAGAACAACAGCACCGUGGGCUCCUGGCAAGGAGCAGACGAGCCAUGCAACGGCGGCUCCCUGUAUCUCGUGAAAAAUUUACAAAACAUGCUCGUCCAGGCACAUUGGGUGGCUCCUAAUUCUGAGAACAUAACUGAAGUCGAACUACAAGCCUUCACUGUCUAUCCGCACAACAGGGCCAUGCUGUCUUCUCUGAAACUGAACAGCAAAGUGACAACCACAACCUUGACCUCCAAGAUUGCUAAAACUGUGACCUCCAGUGUUUCCACAAGCAAGUCGACCACACACUCAACCACAACCACCACCAGAAGCUUGGCCCACAGAGCUGUCAACAGCCCUAUCACAGAUACCAUUUCUAUCCUGCUCGCUUUUCUCAUCGGCAAACUUUUCUUCUAAAAGAAAACUAGGGAAACAAUUGUUUCCACCUCCAGUUCUAAGCCGGUGCUUGGAAAUGUGUGUGAAUGAUGGUUCUACAUUCGCAAACGAGCAACUCAACUGCCACUGCUUCAGACGAGCACAGAGACCAGGGGUUCGUUCACUCACUGGUGGGCUGGGGUGACCCAGAUGUUCAACCGGAUCUUUCAGGACACGCAUUAUGCUUUCUGUAAAUAUUUAGACCUGGCCUGAGUAUAGCGACCGAUAUUUCUGCCUAUCAGCUUAACAUGUUGAUAGCCAAUUCCACAGUCGAUUGAAACUUUUGUUUAUUGCCAAAUGAUUCCUCUGCGGCCCCUGAGUUUCUGUGGGUAGAAUCCUUCCUUGCUUUCAAGAUGAUCUCAGAUUCUGACCAAACCCACUCAGGUUCCACGUAAUUUCUGAGACUCAUGUGACUCAACAGGAAAGGAGAAAGGAAAAAUAGCCCUGAGGCUACUGGCAGAUUCCCAUUUUAUUCACACCAGUAGGUUUUUGAAGGGUAAGAGAAUAGGAAUGUACCAUGUUUGAGCAGCCAGUGGUAGGAAAAAUUAUGCUAUAAAGGCAUUUUUUUCUAUGUUAUACCAA